AUGAAUUCGCGUUUUCUUGCGUGGGUUGUAACGAGGAGUUUAGUCGGCUUCUCUCGUCAGUUGUCGCAGUAUAGACCCAGAAUGGGAAAAAUUCCUGUGGCAGUUACUCAAUUUUGCGCCAAAGCUGACAAGGCCUUGAAUCUCGAGAUUUGUUCUAGUCUGGUGCGACAGGCUGCUGCGAAAAACGCGAAGGCGGUAUUUUUACCGGAAGGCUUUGAUUACAUCGAAGUAUCCAAAGAAGAAUCGAUAAAGAAAUCGGAACGUCUGGACGGAAACACGAUAACUGCCUACCGGAAACUUGCCAAAGAAUCGAACGUGUGGUUAUUUCUCGGCGGCUUUCACCAAAGUGCGCCUGACGGAAAAAUUUUCAACGUGCAUGUGGUGAUCGACUCUGAGGGCGAAUUGAGAGCAACUUAUCGCAAAAUCCACUUGUUCGACGUUGAUAUCCCAGAGAAGAACGUCCGGUUACUGGAGUCUAGUUACACUGUACCCGGAAAAGAACUGGUUCCCCCUGUGACGCUUUCUGACGCCCAAAUCGGGCUCGCAAUCUGCUAUGAUUUACGAUUUCCUGAGAUGAGUGCGAAACUGCGGAUGAUGGGUGCGGAUGUGCUAACGUUUCCGUCUGCAUUCACUGUGGAAACCGGAAAGGCGCAUUGGGAAACUUUGCUGAGAAGUCGCGCGAUUGAGAACCAGUGUUACGUCAUUGCCAGUGCCCAAGUGGGAAAGCAUAAUGCGAAACGAGCUUCGUAUGGACACUCGAUGGUGGUUGAUCCAUGGGGUCGAGUUUUGGUUGAUCUCGGGGACGCGACGGAAGAGCCUCAAUUUGAAAUUGUCGAACUGGACCUUGGGCUUGUCGAUUCAGUUCGCAGAUCCAUGCCUGUGCUCCAGCAUAGAGUCGGUGCUCUGUACAAUGUGACUGAACGCGAAUAUAAACUGCCGAAAAGUGACUCGGAAAGUUUUACUUUCGGACAAGUCACUAUCCCGGGCUCUAACGUGUUUCUUCUCUCGGAGUCUUCAUACGCCUUCGUCAACAAGAAAUGUGUUCGUCCUGGACAUGUUCUUGUGGCCCCGUUGAAAUCAGCCAAGAGAUUCGAAGACCUGAGUGAUGACGAAAUUGCGGACCUGUUUUCUCUCGUGAAACGUGUUCAGAGCGUGAUGGAAGAAAUCCACUCUGCGAAAAGUUCAACAGUGACUGUUCAAGAUGGCCCUGAUGCUGGACAAACGAUUCAACAUUUCCACGUUCACGUGAUUCCUCGAACUCCGACGGACUUCCCGGUAAAUGACAAUAUUUACAAAGAGCUCGCGGAACAUGACAAAAAGCCGAAUGUGGAAUGGCGAGAAUUGGCGGAUAUGGAAGCGGAGUGCGCUUCGAUUCGGGAACGGAUAUUUUAUCUGAAAGGUGAUAAUUACAUCGGCGCUUUCAAAAUGCCGAAUACGAUGAAUAUGAGUCUCGACGAAAUCAUCGCGGCUGCUAGGUCAAAUGCCAGAGGCCAGCAGCGAGGACGUGGUGGGAUCACCCGAGAACGUGGUGGGAUGACCCGAGGACGAGGUGGGAUGACCCGAGGACGAGGUGGGAUGACCCGAGGACGUGGUGGAAUGACCCGUGGAAGAAGUGGAAUGUUACGAGGCAGAGGGUCCGUUAAACGUCUUCAGGGAAAUGUGCCGAAACCAGUCGAAACAAAUGGAUACUAUAGAUCUGAUGUCCGCAGAGGACGUGGCAGAGGUCGAGCACAAGGAUCGAGCAGAGGCCGAAGACCGCAGCUCGGAGAGAGCUUCAAUGGUGAAUCCCUCGAGUUUCGCUCACGUCGUGGGAUCCAGUCUCCCAAACGAGGAUUGAAUCGUCGAUCCUUGUCAACCCUGUCGCACAAACAAGUGUCUGAUCUCCAAGAAGCCCUUGCCACUACCAGAGCAGUAUCAGUUGCCGCCCACAGGUUGGCGGUGUCAUCUGUGCGAAAAGCGCGGCGGUUAUUGCAGCAAAGAACCCAGCAGAUGAAUGGAGACACGUUGAGAGCUGUUGCGAAUCCAGGGCGACGUGUUCAGCCGGCCUUGGCUGGGAAUGUUGUGGUUUCCGUUCGCGGAGAAGACCCCGUGUUACCAGUGCGGAACAAACCCGUCAUCAUCAGAUCCCGUGCUCGUACAUCACAACCCGAACCAAUAACAAUGAUCGUGGAGAACGACACCCUAGUCGGCGGCCCAGUGUCGAGGCAGUCGUUGUCGUCGUCCUCCCGUGUCGCCAGUCUCGAGGCGCCUGGUCUCAGGCGCCACUGCGCCGACUUGAACUCCGUCAUUCAAGAACACAUUGCGACGAUUUCGCGAUCCAGGAGUUCGCGAAACAAUGGACCGAAAACCGAGGUUUCGAAUACGCUCGUCCGACAGCACGCAGCGGGCACUUCAAGAAGGCUUUCGGAUUUGUUCGCUUCGUAUUAAAUGGGUAUUGGGUGUGCGUGUGGAAAUUUUCUUUUCGUCGGGAUACGACAACGACGACGGUUUGCUGUGUUCGAAAAAUCGAUGCGAAUGUUUUUUUUUCCUUUCUGGGGGAGGGCGGGUAAUUUUGUACGCGUGGAUUUCUUGAUCCGCGUUGAAGUUGACCACGAAAGAAGUCGGAUCAUCUCCUUGGAACGUUUGUAUAAAAGAAAAAUUUAUGAACCCGUGGCUCGUUUCGGAAAGGCACCGAUUGGAGUGCGAAGGGGGCUUUUUUCCCGUUGACCUGUUUCGUGUUAGAAGGUUCGUAACCCGAUGUGCUGCUCUUCCGGUGCCGAGAUUUUUCUUUUGUCUCCGUCAACGGGAAACAGUAAAUGUUUUUUUGUUGGGCUAAA